AUAGGGAAGUGGCGCAAGUUCGUAGAUCGCUCCGCAGAGUCUGUUCGUCGAGGCCGCCUCCGCCGCCGCCCCCUGUCCCGGCCCCCCCCCUGGGUUCCCUCAGCCCAGCUCGGUCCAGCCCGGUUCUCGGGAGAAUGAAGUUCGUGUACAAAGAGGAGCAUCCGUUCGAGAAGCGCCGCUCUGAGGGCGAGAAAAUCCGAAAGAAAUAUCCAGACCGGGUCCCGGUGAUUGUGGAAAAAGCCCCCAAAGCUCGGAUAGGAGAUCUGGACAAAAAGAAAUACCUGGUGCCUUCUGAUCUUACAGUUGGUCAGUUCUACUUCCUGAUCCGGAAGCGAAUUCAUCUCCGUGCUGAGGACGCCUUGUUCUUCUUUGUCAACAAUGUCAUUCCGCCCACCAGCGCCACGAUGGGCCAGCUAUACCAGUGAUGAGAGCGUCUACGGU